AUGUCUUCCAACUGCUUUGGGUACGGUAAUGUCGAGCUUUGCUCUUAUUGCCAAAAAAUCAAAGAUUCUCCUCUCCCUCCGUCAACUACUAUCCGCCCUUCAACUGAUUGGAUUAUCGAUCAUACACCACCAUCGAUUCCAACCCCUACUGACGCAUAUCUUGGUCUUUCUCGAAAGAGAAAGUAUAUAUCGGAUGCUGACAAUUUCAAGUCAGUUAUGAUGAUAGCCAAGGAUCACUGUAUACCUUGCUUAUUUACUUUUGGCAUAGCUGAAAGUGAGCAUGCAACCUCUCCCCAGUGUAUUGCUCAUAUUGGUCAAUGUUUCCGUUGUUUUGGUGACCACUAUGUAUCAAAUCCUGCAUGUGUCAAGCCAGUAAGGGAUGGCUUCUGUAAGAAAUGCCUUGUGCCCAAUCAGUGGAACCAAACCAUCUUCCAUGAUGGUAACUGGUCAAACUGCAGUGGUACGUAUGAGGACCUCUUAUACCGUCUCUGCUGGGCAGCCUAUCGGCUAAAUGGCUUAUAUCUCCAAACCAUAUUAAUAAAUGGCUUAUAUCUCCAAACCAUAUUAAUAAAUGGCUUAUAUCUCUAA